GACUCACCCGGUCCAUUAGAAUCUGGAAUUCUGGAUAGAGUCGAUGGGUCCCACCCGCCAGCGACACUAGUUUUCCACGCUCUGCUCGCCCCGCUGCCCGCGGCUAUCGAUGAGGCCGGGAGCCAUGGCCGCCGCCGCCGCGAAGCUCAAGCUCCCGCGCCUCACCACCUCCGCCGCGCUCUUCCCGACGCCGAGUCCGUUCGGCUCCAGGCCCGCUCCCAAGCCCAUGCCGCCGCCGCCCGUCUCCAUCUCCAUGGACCCUGCCGCCGUCGACCCGUCCCACCUCCAGGCGCUCAUGCUCGCCUGCGCCCACUCCUGCACCAUCCGCCCCUCGCCUCCCCCCGCCGCCGCGGAGCCCGUAGACCUCCGCAAGCUCCGCGUCGCGCUCGCGCACAGCUUCCUCGUCGUGUCCGUCUCCUGCAGCGCGAGGUUCCUGGAGGACGGAGGCGGCGGCGAUGGCCAGCGGUUGCUGGGCCUCGGCCUCGGGCUCGGGCGGCAGGAGGACCGGCGGCUCGUCGGGUUUGGCCGGGCCGUCUCCGAUGUCGGGCUCACCGCGUCCUUGCACGACGUUGUGGUACAUCCAUCACUACAGAGGAGAGGUAUAGGCCGAAAAAUAGUUGAGAGAAUUACAAGAGUACUCCACAACAGAGGUAUAUUUGACAUUUCUGUACUAUGUACAGAAAAGGAGAGGCCCUUUUUUGAAGCAUGUGGAUUUGGGGACGAUGCAAUGGGUUCAACAACAAUGAUGUACACAAGAAAGAUGCACAGAUAGUACUCCUGCACAUAAUUGGCAAUCCACUCACAAUGAUGAUAUUAACAGCUCCUCUGGUGGGUCAACAGUUGCUGCUUCAAUAUAUCACUGCCAGUAAAGGAAUAGCAAUCUGAGUAAAGUAUUCAAUCACGAUUGUUUAGUAGAGAAAAUAACCGGAAGGAUAUGGGAAAUUCGUAGCAUGCUAGUAUUUGUGAAGGAUUAUUAGCGUGUUCGAGACUCCAGACCAACAUCUGUAUCCCUCUACCACUGACUGUAAAAAACUGCUAUUGCCCUCCUGUUAUAGAGGUAUGUACGUAUGACAUGAGUGCUAAGAUUUCAGUUAUGAACAAAGAAAGAACGAAAAACAAAAUAUAGCAAACAAUAUGGU